GGCGCGGCGCAGGCCGGGGCCACCCCGGGGCCGACGAGCGGGGGCCCGGGCGCCGUCGGGGGCGCCUCGGGGAAGCCGGCUCUGGAGGAUCUGUACUGGAUGAGCGGCUACCAGCACCACCUCAACCCCGAGGCGCUGAACCUGACGCCCGAGGACGCGGUGGAGGCGCUCAUCGGCAGCGGCCACCACGCUGGGCACCACGGCGCGCACCAUCCGGCGGCCGCCGCGGCGUACGAGGCUUUCCGGGGCCAGGGCUUCGGGGGCGGCGGCGGCGGCGCGAACGACAUGGGCGCCGGCCACCAUCACAGCGCUCACCACGCCGCCCACCACCACCACGCCGCCCACCACCACCACCACCACCACGCCGGCGCAGGCCACGGCGGCGGAGGCGCGGGCCACCACGUGCGCCUGGAGGAGCGCUUCUCCGACGACCAGCUGGUGUCCAUGUCGGUGCGCGAGCUGAACCGGCAGCUCCGCGGCUUCAGUAAGGAGGAGGUCAUCCGGCUGAAGCAGAAGCGACGCACCCUCAAAAACCGCGGCUACGCGCAGUCGUGCCGCUUCAAGAGGGUGCAGCAGCGGCACAUUCUGGAGAGCGAGAAGUGCCAACUCCAGAGCCAGGUGGAGCAGCUGAAGCUGGAGGUGGGGCGCCUGGCCAAGGAGCGGGACCUGUACAAGGAGAAAUACGAGAAGCUGGCGGGCCGGGGCGGCCCCGGGGGCGCGGGCGGGGCCGGCUUCCCGCGGGAGUCCUCGCCGCCGCNCCUCGCCGGCCGGCGGCCCGAGAGCCUGGGCUGCGGGGGCUCUAGGGAGGAGCUGGACUUCUGGAAAUCUCGCAUCCUGAAGGGUCCCGGGGCAGUUGCAGGACUUGGGGGACUAGAAAGCAGGCUCGAGGACCGGGCCGCCAGGCCCAUCGAAGCCCUCCAGGCGUCCCGGAGCUCCGACCGCAAGAACCUGGAUUCGGCUCAGAGGCCGGGAUGGAGGGCCCCCUACGAUGGCCGUCCCGGGGCUGCCGCCCUCGCCAAGUGCCUCGUGGGCUCUGACACCGGCUACCCCAGGGAAGCGGUGCCCUCAGCCACCAUCUGCUUGCUUCUGCCUGACCCCAGGACCCCACAGCCCCCGCCACCCGCCCUGGACUCUUCACUGCUUCUGGCCCAGCCUGGCUCCUCGGUGCCGCCCAGUUUGGGGACCCUGGACGGCGGGCUGGGCAGCCACAGGGACCGGAAGCCGCGCUCAGCCGCCCCAGGGCUUCUGCGUUUGCGGCUGUGGAGCUGGGGCUGCGGCUGCCGUGGCGGGACGGUGGCGGGACGGUGGCGGGACGCGUGCAGCGGCCGCGAGUGCAGACGGCGCUACCGGCAGCGCUUCCAGAGGAGAAGGGCGUCCCCCGGGUCGUCCUCCGGCGCAAUCACAAAGAAGGGGGUCAUCCGUUACGGCCACAAGUCCGCCGUUAACCACGGACUGGGCUACCUGACUGUAGAGGAGCACGUGGACAUGAACCUGAUUGGGUGA